GGGAGAGGGAGGAUUGGAAGCUGCAGCAACAGGGAGGGAGGAGCGAGCGCCGGCGCCGCGUUUUGUCUCCGUUUUCUCCCCGUCGCUGCUCCCGUGCCCCGCUUCUGUAAUCUUUGAAGAUCACCACAAGAAUCAGAUUGGCCUGCUGUUUAGAAUUCAUUCUGCAUACCAUUCGCAAGCUCUUUUUGAAAAAGUUGAAAGUGUAUUUGGAGCACACCAUUUCAUUUAAAAAAAAGCAGAGCCAUGGCUUCCCUUCAGUUUUUUGCCAGACCCCCCCUGCCUCGCUUGGCGUACCAUCGGAUCUGCGGCCGAGACCCCGGUGUAGUCUUCCUGCCGGGGUUUAAGUCCAACAUGAACGGGGAGAAAGCGUUGGCUUUGGAAGAGUUUUGUUCUUCAGCAGGUCAUUCCUUCAUCAGGUUUGAUUACUCUGGCUGCGGCAGCUCAGAGGGGAACCCUGAGGAAUCCUUGCUGGGGACUUGGAAGAAUGAUGUGCUCACUGUCUUGGAUAAUCUCACCACAGGACCUCAGAUCCUGGUGGGAUCCAGUAUGGGCGGGUGGCUCAUGUUACUGGCUUCCCUCGCCAGGCCGAAGAAAGUGGCUGGAAUGGUCGGCAUAGCAAACGCAGCUGAUUACUUUGUGAAUAGAUUCAAUCAGCUUCCUCCAGAGUCGCGGAGGGAAGUGGAGGAGACGGGCGAGUGGAAGUUGCCCUCCAGGGACAGUGCCGGCGGCUUCUACACGCUGAAACACGAGUUUAUAAAGGAGUCGGAGGACCACUGCGUGCUGGGGAGCGGCAUCCCUGUGGCCUGCCCGGUGCGGCUCCUCCACGGCAUGAAGGACGAGGUGGUUCCCUGGCGCAACUCCGUCAGGGUGGCUGAGCAGCUGGCCAGCGACGACGCCGACAUCAUCCUGCGCAAGAACGCCGACCACCGCAUGUCCCGGCCGGAGGACCUGAAGCUGCUGCUCUCUGUGGUGGACGACCUCAUCCGCAAGUUAACCAAAGCCCAUCUGCAUUAGUCCAGUCUCGUUUGAACAUCGAGUCACAGAGGCACACAGCGUGGAAACGGGCCCCUCGGCCCACACUAGUGGAUGGUCAGCCAUCAUCAUAUUGAAUGGCGGUGCAGGCGCGAAGGGCCGAAUGGCC